UAUUUGCCCUAACCCUUUUCCAAACAUUAACCAUAGUCUCAUAACCUGCUACGUUUAUUCUAWCAUAAUACAAAAAAGUUACUUCCGGUGUUUUUCGUCACAGGAAGCAGACUUCAGUUGCGGAAGUAUAAUGUGUAGGUGAUCGUUUCAGUACAUGUUUUGAUUUAGCAGUUUAAUGCAAUGUCUAAACUGUACACAGAGAAACUGACCCGGCUCUACGAGCGGUAUCGGGAGUACGUUACGAAGAACCCUGCAGCGACUGGACAACUGGAGAGCACCGUAAGAACGCUGUCGUACCUCAUUUCAGGGCGUUUCACUGACUCCCACGAAAUCUCUGAAUUGGUGUACUCUGCCUCCAACCUGCUGGUGCUGCUUAAUGAUGGCAUUCUGCGCAAAGGGCUGUGUCGAACACUACCCAUGUCUCUCUCUCAGCAGAGGCUUCUCACCUGGCUGUCAGUGGUGGAGUAUGUGGAGGUGUUCCUGGAGAUGGGGGCCACCAAGCUGUGGGGGGAGGGAGGUCGCUGGCUGGUCAUAGUGCUCAUCCAGAUCACUAAAGCCGUCUUYCGCUUCCUACUGCUCUUCUGGUACAAAUCUGGCAUGCAGACUUCCCCUCCUAUUACCCCACUGGACAGGGAGGCACAGGGAGGCAARGAUGAGGACCAUGAUGACCACCAGGAUGACAGCUCCUUCGUGGGCCAGCGGUCAGGGAGGGUGAUGAGGCCGUUGGGCAAUGCUCCCUCUCUGCAGGCCCGUCUGUGGGCAGCCCCCAGUAGGGAGAAGAGGUGUGCUGUGGAGGAGGAUCUGACCUCUUGUCCCACUGCCCUGGGGGUCCAGGAGACCAUAGCAGAGUCCAUGUACAUCGGACGCCCGCUGGUACACUUGCUCUGCCUGGGAAUYUGUGGGAGAGGCUCCUGGAAACCGUGGCUCGUAUCUGGAGCCAUGGAAAUGACCAGUUUUGGUUUGAUGAGUGACACUAAGUCUCUGAACCGGCGGGAGAGGGCGGAGGUGAGGAGGAGAGCCUUUCUGCUUCUGUACUACCUGCUCCGCUUCCCCUUUCUACAACAGAUUCUCUGAGACAAAGAUCCUGUUCCUACUCCGAUUUCUGUCAGACAACGUUCCCGGCGUCGGGCUGGUUGCUCGACCUCUAAUGGAUUACCUACCUGUUGGCAGAAUACUACUUCUAUAACUGGGGCUGAGGGCAAGAGGUGGUUGAAGGACACCUGGCCAGCUGGAUAGGGAUCGACACUAAAGAGGGAGACCCUAGUAAAAUACAGAGACAAGACAGGGACUCAAGUCCCCACACUCACUGGAAAACCUCGCUGGUUAAUCUGCUCUAUUUCAACUGGGACCCUCAAAUAAGAUCCAAACAUGCAGUUAUGUUACUAGGGCAUGCCAGAGUAUCUUACGGAUCCUUCCGUUCUGUUGCUAGGGCAUGCCAGAGUAUCUUACGGAUCCUUCCGUUCUGUUGCUAGGGCAUGCCAGAGUAUCUUACGAUCCUUCCGUUCUGUUGCUAGGCAUGCCAGAGUAUCUUACGGAUCCUUCCGUUCUGUUGCUAGGGCAUGCCAGAGUAUUUUACGGAUCCUUCCGUUCUGUUGCUAGGGCAUGCCAGAGUACCUUACGAUCCUUCCGUUCUGUUGCUAGGGCAUGCCAGAGUACUUACGGAUCCUUCCGUUCUGUUGCUAGGCAUGCCAGAGUAUCUUCAGGAUCCUUCCGUUCUGUUGCUAAGGCAUGCCAGAGUACUUACGGAUCCUUCCGUUCUGUUGCUAGGGCAUGCCAGAGUAUCUUCAGGAUCCUUCCUUCUGUUGCUAGGGAUGCCAGAGUAUCUUCAGGAUCCUUCCGUUCUGUUGCUAGGGCAUGCCAGAGUAUUCGUUCAGGAUCCUUCCGUUCUGUUGCUAGGGCAUGCCAGAGUAUCUUACGGAUCCUUGCCUUUUUGCAUUCCCUCCUUGUUCUUUCUUUUUGUAAUCUGAGUGAUUUCUGUCAUAUCUUCCAUCAGACUGAUCUUGAACCAGUGAUUAUAUGAUGAAUUGAUGCUGAUUUAGUUUUCUCCUUUUGUAAACUAUACAUUACCCAGAGGUGUUAUUGACCGAGUGCUAUGAGAUAUCUUUGGCACCGCUGGUGAUGAUCCCCAUCUUGUCAGUCAGUUUUGCUGUCUGUCACUGGGAACAAUCCCUCCUAAAUGUCUCCAGUUAAACAACCCACUACAGCUAGCCCUGGUGGGGUUCUGUGCAGUUGGUCCGACAGCAUUACAUCAAAUGACUUUGAGGCUGGUUGAAGUUCUCUCUAUGGGGCUGUCCCAAUAUCUAAUUUCUCCCAAAGUGUUCACUCCUUCCCACAAAUCUAGAUAUGCAUUUGGCAUGGGCUAGUGGGAGUUUCCACCAUAUUUCGUAUACUAGUCAUUUCCUUUCAAAUCUGUGAAGGGACGUUAAUUGGAGGAAGGAGAGAAUUGGGCCAUAACCUACAUUCCUCUUAUGUUUGUCAGAUUGGCACAGUGGGUAGAAAAACAAAUGAACAAUGUAUGUGCCCAUGAUAUGGAAUCUAACAUUUGUAUAUUAAAUAUGGUGUAUUCUCAA